AUGGCUGCCACACUCUCCACGAACAAGAACGUAGAGAGCGGGCGGCCGGUAUUACGGAGCAGGCCGACAUCCGCUCAACAACCCCAACCACAGCCGGCGCCCCCACCCAGAUCUUCGCGCCGGUCUCGCCCUCGCUCCUCUCUCGUUAGUUUUCCGGGCGUUCCCAGCGGUCAACGACCAAAAUCUGUGCACAUUUCUGCAGACGAGUACAAGGCCAUCACCGACCUCGUCGAGCUCGCCAAGGACUUUCUCGAGAAGCAACAAACCGGCGAUGUCUCGGCCUCGUCUACCCAAAGCGGCUCUCUCGACGUCUCGAAGCCUCCUAAGCAGGACGGGCCUCUUGACCCCUUUGGCGCCAACUUCGACGCCCGUGAGUGGGCCAAGUCCUUCUACCGCCUCCGCUCCGACAGCUGUGAGGUGCGCAAGGCGGGGGUGGCGUUUCGCAAUCUGAGGAUCUCGGGCUAUGGGUCUGACACGGCGUUCCAGAAGACGGUGGGCAACGCGUGGUGGCUCAAGGCUGUGGCCACUGUGGGCGGGUUGUUGCGCAUGAAACGUCAACAGGUUCGCAUCCUGCACGACCUCGAGGGGGCGGUGAACGAUGGCGAGAUGCUGUGUGUGCUAGGUCCGCCAGGCAGCGGGUGUUCGACCUUCCUGCGGACGAUCGCUGGGGACACGCAAGGUACGCACGUAGCAGAGAAUGCAUAUCUCAACUACCGCGGCGUGAGUGCCGACGAGAUGAAGCGCUAUUUCAGGGGUGACGCCGUCUACAUCGCUGAGGAGGACGUGCAUUUCCCGGUACUCUCGGUGGCGGACACGCUUUUCUUCGCCGCGCGGGCGAGAGCACCCAAAACCCGGCCCGGGGGGCUCACGACGGACGAGUACGCGCGGCGCGUUCGUGAUGUGACCAUGGCCAUGCUGGGGAUCCAGCACACGAUGCAGACCCCUGUCGGCGGCACUGACGGCGAUACGGUGCGCGGCGUGUCGGGCGGCGAGCGGAAGCGCGUGAGCAUUGCCGAGGCGGCGCUGAGCUUUGCGCCGAUCCAGUGCUGGGACAACAGUACGCGUGGGCUCGACAGCGCCACGACAGUCGACUUUUGCAGGACCCUACGCGUCCAGAGCGACAUAAUGGGCAUGGCGAGUGCGGUGGCCAUCUAUCAGGCCCCGCAAGAGGCCUAUGAGCUGUUUGACAAGGUCCUGGUCCUCUACGAAGGACGACAAAUCUAUUUUGGCAAGACGGCGCAAGCCAAGAGAUACUUCCAGCGACUGGGCUUCAUCUGUCCGCGGAACCAGACGACGCCGGAUUUCCUGACGUCCAUGACCAGCCCAGUCGAGCGUGAGGGCGUCAUCAAGCCCGGCUACGAGGCAAAAGUCCCGCAUACCCCCGACGAGUUUGCGGAGGCGUGGCGGACGAGCAGCAACCGCCGUCAGCUGAGCCAGGAAUUGGACGCCUAUGACGGAUCCUUCGGCCUGAGCGGCUCGCGCACUCACUAUGCCGACUUCCUAGCCAGCAAGAAAAGCGAUCAGUCGUCCCUGCAGCGGUGGAAGUCACCCUACACCAUCUCGUACCCGCGGCAGGUCCAGCUGUGCCUAUGGCGCGCGUUUGCGCUGCUCAAGGCGGCGCCACAGAUGACGGUGACAAUGCUCGUCAUCAACCUGUUUCAGACGCUCAUCGUGGCCAGCGUCUUCUUCCGGCUGCCCGACACGGCAGAGUCCAUGAAGGCGCGUAGCACGCUCCUUUUCACUACCACGCUGGUCAACGCCUUUGGGUGCGUGCUCGAGGUGUCGGCCUUGUAUGCCAAGCGCGCCAUCGUUGAGAAGCAUGUGCGGUAUGCCCUGUAUCACGCCUCGUCCGAGGCCAUUGCGGACUUGGUCAUGAGCUUACCGUACAAGCUGCUCAACGCCAUCACGGUCAACACCAUCUUCUACUGGAUGUGCAACAUGCGCACGGAAGCUGGGGCCUUUUUAACUUUCGUGCUGGUCCAGUUCGCCAUGACGCUCGCCGUAAGCUUGCUUUUCCGGCUCGUCGCUUCUGUGACAAAGAGCCACACAGCGGCCAUGGCACCGUCGACCAUAGUAAUGCUUGCGCUGGCGCUGUAUACAGGAUUCGCGGUCCCACCUAUGUAUUACAAACCGUAUGCCGCAUGGAUUGCCACGCUCAGCCCUGUGGCAUAUGGGUUCGAGGCCCUCAUGGUCAAUGAAUUUGGCGGCGGGCGUAGAUUUCCUUGUACGGCCUUUGUUCCGUCAGGCCCAGCCUAUAAUGCGACCAUGAUCGCACAGACGCGUGUAUGUGCCGCGCAAGGGGGUGUCGCGGGCACAACGUUCAUCGAUGGGAGCGCAUACAUCACCGGUGCGUUUGGGUAUUUGGACAACCAUCGGUGGCGGAACGUCGGUGUAAUUUUUGCAUUUGCGGCGGCGUACUUUUUGCUGCACCUCAUCGCCACGGAGCUGGUGAGCAGCGAGAAGAGCAAAGGGGAGAUGCUUGUUUUCCCUAGGGGAAAAGUCCCGAUACGGCGGGCAAGAGAUGUGGAGGACCAUAUCACCAAGGGAAGGACAGAGGCACCGAGCACGAGCACACCCAUGGCUUCCUUACCCGUCACGCCUGUCGCACCCGUCUUUACGAAAGGCGGACAUUGGGAGAGUGAAAUUACGGGCACGUAUACUGAUGGGGGUUCCCCGACUACAACGGGGAGUGGAAAGGUGUCCUAUACUGCCAGGACGAGCCCGCCAGCCAAGUCCUGGAACUGGCCGCAGGAGCGAGACAGGUUCGAAGAUCGUAGCGGCGGCAAUAACGAUGGUGAGUUGGGUAUUGACCGCCAGACGGCCAUCUUUCACUGGAGCAACGUCUGCUACGAGGUCAAGGUCAAGAAGAAUGAGACGAAGCGCAUCCUGGAUGGUGUGGACGGGUGGUGUAAGCCGGGGACGCUCACUGCGCUUAUGGGCGUCUCCGGCGCUGGCAAAACCACCCUCCUAGACGCCCUCGCCUCGCGCCUGUCCACCGGCGUGGUGACGGGAGAGAUGCUGGUUGACGGGGCCCCACGCGAUGCCUCUUUCCAGCAGAAAACGGGCUACGUCAAGCAGCAAGACCAGCACCUGGUCACUUCAACAGUGCGUGAGGCUCUCACUUUCAGUGCUGUGCUCCGCCAGCCAGCCAGGUUUUCGCACAAGCAGAAGAUUGCAUAUGUUGAUAAGGUCAUUGACAUCCUUGGCAUGGAGGAAUAUGCCGACGCGGUGGUCGGCGUGCCCGGGGAGGGUCUGAAUGUGGAACAGCGUAAGAGACUGACAAUUGGUGUUGAGCUGGCUGCACGUCCUGCGCUACUACUAUUUUUGGACGAGCCCACCUCAGGCUUGGAUUCGCAGACGAGCUUGUCAAUUUGCAAUUUGCUCGAGACGUUGAGGCAGAAUGGUCAGGCUAUACUGUGCACAAUUCACCAGCCGUCGGCGGUCCUCUUUGAGCGGUUCGAUAGACUUCUUCUCCUUGCUCGCGGCGGACGCACAGUCUACUUUGGCCAGAUUGGACGCAACGCCAAUGUCCUAGUCGACUAUUUCAUUCGCAAUGGCGGGCCGCGACCCAAAAAGGGGCAGAACCCAGCUGAGUACAUCCUCGAACAAGUCCGCGCAAGCGGGGAAAAGACCAUGGACUGGCCCGACAUAUGGCGGCAGAGCACCGAGUACGACGAAGUCAAGGCCCACUUGACCCGACUGAAAGAAGAAGCGGGGAGGGGGCAACGCACAACACACCCAACGCAACAGCAGCAGGACCCCCCUUUGCAGCCCCCUUUCCAAUCCAGCUUUCCGAGGUGA